GACGGGAUCGCUGGCUGCGAGCUAGUGCCCUCGUCCCUGAACCACAGCUUGGCGCGACGUUGAGCAACACCCGACGCGCCUACCUUUGUUCCUACUGCCCUUGCCCUGCUCUAGGCAUAGUCGAGACGGGGAGGCUUCAUUUGUCUAGCCACGGAUUCCAGCCUACGCCCUCUACCACACACCAAGACACGUACUCCAACAACCAUCCCGCCCUCCACAUCUCCGCCAUGGAGUCCACAAUGCAGCAACGGCGUGAUGAGAUUCUCGCAAAGAAGGCCAAGUUGGCCGAGUUGAAGCGCCAGCGCGAACUGAGAAAGGCCGAGUCCGCUAGCAGGCAGUCAAUGACCGGUAGCCCGCUAGGAGAAGUCCUCUCACCAACUCCAAGACGCAGCGAAGACCUCGACCGCAGGACCGACGUCACCAACCUCAUCAACAGCAUCCUCGGCGAAAGUAGACCUGGCUCUACACAGCCGGGUUCACCAGCAGGCGCAGGCCGAGCAACUCGCCCAACAUCGGUAGUCAGCGCAGGACAACUGAGCAGCGACAAUGAAGGCUCGUCUGGCUUCCAAGCGCCUGCCGGCAUGGUGGACCGAGAAAUGCAGACGCUGUCCCUUGGCCCGCUAGCCACAGUCUACGAGACUGACGGCGUUGUCACCAACGAGGUCAAGAAGGAGAAGGAGAUUAUCACAUAUAGCAAGGGUGUACAAGCAAGCAUAGAGUGGAGCCCGUCAAAAGACCGCGGAGUUGGAGGAAGUGACACAGAGCGCGAUGAGAGCCCGACGCGGUCACCAAAGAGCAAGCGACUAAGCCGGAGACAGAAAGAGAGGGACGAAGAGAUUAGAGCGCAACUGCGGAAAGAAAUCGAAGAGGAGCUCAAGGCCGUCCAGCAAGCGCCUGACGAUGGUGCACCGCAGCCAGGCUCAGACGAGAACUUCCCGUUCAAGACCCUCACAAACGAAGAAUUGACGGCUGUAGAGAACUCAGAAGACUUCAUUGGCUUUGUGGAGCGCAGUACGAAAGUGUUGGAACGAGCGCUCGACCAACAACUUGGCUACGACAUCUUGGCAGACUAUGCAACUGGCGGCGUAGAUGUCGACGACGACGAUGAGGGUUAUGGCUCCAGUGGAGGCAAGAAGGGCCGACGGAUCAAGGAGAUUGCACAAUUCUGGGAUGAACGGUGGAGCAAGAAGAGGAUGAUCUCGGAUCUGGGCUUCUCAACAAAGUUUCCAGAACUCGUCCUUGCGUCGUAUACAAAGAACCCGUCCGCUCCGCACGACCCAGACGGGCUCGUACAAGUUUGGAAUAUGCACAUGCACGACAGACCCGAGUACAUCUUCCACGCUCAAUCUGAUAUUCUCACCGCCAAGUUCUCGCCGUUCCACCCUAAUCUUAUCAUCGGAGGCGCGUACUCAGGGCAAGUGCUGCUUUGGGACACUCGCGCCAAGUCUGCGCCAGUGCAGAAGACACCACUUACUGGUUCUGGUCACACACACCCGGUCUAUUCAUUAGACAUUGUCGGAACGCAGAACGCGAACAACAUCAUCUCAUGUUCGACGGACGGUGUUGUAUGCGGAUGGACUGUGGAUAUGCUGUCACAGCCUCAAGAGUUCCUGGAAUUGACAUCGCCACCACCAGCGAAGACAGAUGAUAUGGCGGUAACCAGUAUUGCCUUCCCUCAAUCGGAUCCGACCUAUUUCCUUGCAGGCACAGAAGAGGGUACCAUCUACCCAUGUCAUCGCUACGACCGCGCUGGCGCGAAGGCAGGCGUAGAUGGUCGCGUGAAAUACGCUGGCCAUGCCGCACCUGUCAUGAGCCUCGACUUCCAUCCCGCUAAGGGUCAGAUCGAUCUAGGCGACCUUGUCCUCUCAUCCAGUGUUGAUUGGAGUGUCAAACUCUGGAAAGUGCGUCCGCCGGCUGCCACAGGCGCAACCAACCCUACACUUCCUGGUGCUACACAACAAGUCACCCCUGUUCUUGAUAUUGCCCGCGAAGAUCUCGUCUACGACGUCCGAUGGUCGCCGGUGAAGCCUUCGGUCUUUGCGCUCGUUGAUGGAGCGGGAAGCCUCGAAGUUUGGGAUAUCAACGUCGACGUCGAGGUACCUGUUCAAUCUGUAAAGCCUAGUGACGGCAAGCGUGGUGCGUUUACAAACAUGCCGACUGGUCUUGGCUACAUGAACCGUAGUCUCAACAAGUUGGCAUGGGAGAGGAACGAGGGACGCAGGGUUGCAGUGGGUGGCAUGGAUGGCGUCGUCACUGUGUUUGAGGUGGGCGAUGACCUUGGAGGUGUGCAAACACGUAGUGAGGAGUGGAGUGGCGUUAAGAGGUUGGUAAACCGGUUGGAAGGCCACGGAGAUGGUGUUAACGGGAAGUGAGGUCCUAUCAAAUGUCUCGAAACUCGCUCCCAAGGCCUAGACAACGGUUGUGGCAGUGCUUCAAUACCCAUUUCUUUCAGCGGAGCAUUGUUCUGGAGUCGGCAGUUUACUUUCUACCAUACCCCACGUAUCACAAGUUUGAUUGCUGCACAGAGCAUGCAGAACGCUCCAGGUGUGGCGGUGCAGCAGCUCGUGUAAUACCAUUGCGCACAUCAAUUGUCCUAGCACGUCGC